UACGGCGCGGUAGUGUGCGUAGCUGUUCCUGCGCGGCACGUCGGGUGAGCCCACGAGCGCGAUGGCCGAGCUAAAUCCUCUGGCCGAGGAGCUGUCGUGUUCCGUCUGCCUGGAGCUCUUCAAGGAGCCUGUCACCACCCCUUGCGGCCACAACUUCUGUAUGGCAUGCCUGGAUGAGACGUGGGUCGUCCAGGGCUCGCCAUACCGGUGCCCGCAGUGUCGCAAAGUGUACCAGGUGCGCCCGCAGCUGCAAAAGAACACGGUAAUGUGCGCCGUGGUGGAGAAGUUCCUGCAGGCCGAGCAAGCGCGGACCCCGGUGGACGACUGGAUCCCCCCUGCCCGCUCCGCCGCCUCCAGCGCAGCCACCCAGGUGGCCUGCGACCACUGCCUGACGGAGACUGCAGUGAAGACGUGCCUCGUGUGCAUGGCCUCUUUCUGCCAGGAGCACUUGAAGCCUCACAUCGACAGUCCCGCCUUCCAGGAUCACCCCCUGCAGCCGCCCAUCCGUGACCUUCUGCGCCGCAAAUGUACCCAGCACAACCGCCUUCGGGAAUUGUUUUGUCCGGAGCAUGGCGAGUGCAUCUGCCAUAUCUGUUUGGUAGAGCACAAGACCUGCUCCCCUACGCUCCUAAGCCAAGCCAGCGCCGACCUAGAGUACAAACUGAGGCAUAAACUCGCUAUCGUGCACAGUCACAUCAAUGGGGCAACCAAAGCAUUGGAGGACGUGAGAUCCAAGCAGCAGAGUGUGCAGGACUCUAUGAAGAGGAAGAUGGAACAGCUGAGACAGGAGUAUAUGGAAAUGAAGGCUGUCAUCGAUGCAGCAGAGACCAGCUCCUCGCGCAAGUUGAAGGAGGAGGAGAAGAGGGUCUAUGGAAAACUUGACACCAUCUACCAGGUUCUUCUCAAGAAGAAGAAUGAAAUGCAGAAACUGAAGGCAGAGGUUGAGCUCAUCCUGGAUAAAGGGGAUGAGUUUGAGUUUCUGGAGAAAGCUGCAAAAUUGCAAGGAGAGUCAACAAAACCAGUCUACAUCCCUAAGAUAGACCUGGACCAUGAAUUGAUAAAGGGAAUCUACCAGGGUGCAAUGGACCUGAAGAGUGAGCUGAAGCACUCCACUAAGAAGCAGCAAGAGAAGAAGGCUGAGGACCACAAUGGCUCAGGUAACAAGGGAAACCAGAUGGAGUCCACUUCGAAACCCAUACACCCUUCGAAGAAGACCACACAGGAUAAGAAGACCAAGAAAACGCCUGGCGCUCCCGGCCCUGCCUCCCAGUUCUCACCCUACAAGUUGCCCACCUUUGGAGCUCCUGGCCAAUCACUGGAUUUGAAUGCAACUUCCCCUGAUGCCGCACCCAAGGCCAGUGCUACACAGCCGAACUCUGCAGCACUCAAGGCUAAGGCGCUAGAAAACUUCUUAAACAAGUCCAGAACGGAGCUUCUGGAGUAUUUCGUGAAAGUCGUCUUCGACUACAAUACUGCCCACAACAAAGUGACUCUGUCAGACAACUACACCACCGCCUCUGUGUCGGACGGGCUCCAGCACUACCGGUCCCACCCCCAGAGGUUCACCUACUGCUCUCAGGUCCUGGGGCUGCACUGCUACAAGAAAGGCGUUCACUACUGGGAGGUGGAACUGCAGAAGAACAACUUCUGUGGCGUAGGCGUCUGCUACGGCAGCAUGGAACGGCAGGGCCCCGAGAGCCGGCUGGGCCGCAACCCCAACUCAUGGUGUGUGGAGUGGUUCAAUAACAAGAUCUCCGCCUGGCACAACAACGUGGAGAAGACUCUGCCCUCCACCAAGGCCACCCGAGUUGGUGUGCUGCUCAACUGUGACCACGGCUUCGUCAUUUUCUUUGCGGUCACCGAAAAGAUGUGUCAGAUGUAUAAGUUCAAGGUGGACUUCACGGAAGCUCUGUACCCAGCCUUCUGGGUGUUCUCGGCGGGUACCACCCUCUCUAUCUGCUCCAAGUAACCAGGUCCCUAGGCCAGCCACAGUCACUUGGGCUUGCUGGGGAACAUCCAAAACUCCGGAGGAGGGAACUCUCCUUUGGAGAACUUCUGAGUCCCUACCGGAUAAGAGAU